UCUGAUGGAGCCUCGACAAUAGAUCGUUCACUGCUGCGGUCAGGUGAGCUCCGGGUCCCCCCGCUCCACGGAGCAGAUGGUACAGCCCGCAUGCAGUUGAUAGUUGUUGCUGAGGAGGUUCCUGCUCACACCGUCCAACCUGCUCUCCGCCCGGGUCCUGUGGCUGCAGGCUGCGCUGCUUCUCCAACAUGCCCCCGUCUGAACAGCGGAGCCACCGCGGAGGACGCAGCGUGGUCGCGUUGCUUCACAUUUUGUGCAGUAUUACAGGUGUGUGUUGCAGUCAGGUGGUGGUACCUCAGAGGGUGAGCGCUGUGCUGGGGAAGAAUGCGACAUUGGAGUGCAGGGUAGAGGUGGGAACAAACCUCACUCUCACUCAGAGUUCCUGGGAGCGCCGCCUACCUUCAGGCUCCGUCACCUUGGCUGUUUACAACCCACUGCAUGGCAUCUCCAUCCCAGAGCUUAGCCACCGCUUGUAUUUCCGCUCACCCUCCUCUCACGACGCCACCAUCGUCCUGGAAAACGUGGGUUUUGCUGACGUCGGGAUCUACACCUGUAAGGUCGCUACAUUUCCUCUGGGAAAUACUCAAGCCUCCACUACGGUCAAUGUGCUCGUGGAGCCGAAGGUCUACGUGUCAGCAGGUUCAACCGCCCUGAUCGAUGGCGGCAAUGAAACCGUGGUGGCCACCUGCAUCGCUGAGCGGGCUCGGCCUCCCGCUGAGGUUUCCUGGGAGUCCAACCUGUUUGGCCAGUCAGAAGUGCAGCUGUUCGACGAGGUCAACGGCACCACCAGCACACAGGUGCGCUACCUAUGGCAGCCCACGCGCCACGUCCAAGGCCACGCUCUCACCUGUGUGGUCCGCCACCCAGCUCUGCUGAAUGACUUCAGGAUCCCAUACCAGCUGAACGUGCAGUUUGCUCCUGACAUCUCAGUGGUGGGCUACGAUGGAGACUGGUAUGCGGGUCGGGAAAACGUUCAAAUGACGUGCAAAGCCAACGCAAACCCACCAGCUCAUCACUUCAGAUGGAUCAGAUUGGACAGUGAAAUGCCAGAAGGGGUGGAAAUAAUAAAUAGCACUCUGCUCUUCCUGCGUCCCCUUCAGCGGAAUGACUCUGGAGUUUACAGGUGUGAGGUUGCCAAUGACAUCAACCUCCGCAGUCGGGAUGUGCGCAUUCUCAUACAAGAUCCUCCCACCAUGCCUUCCACCAUUACUGCUCCUGUCCUAACUGGCUCUGCCUCCUCCACCUUAGUGGAUGAUAAGGGCCAUGUCCUCCUCAGCUUCCCCACACUCGAAGCCCUACCUGAGAGUAAUCUUGGUUCCAUAGUGGGUGGUGCUGUGGGUGGGGUCUUGUUCCUGCUACUGCUGCUGUCUCUGGUAGGUGUGUAUUACCUACGCAAACAGCAGACCUUUCACGGGAAUUACUACACCAAGCCGUACUUGGGUCCCAAUGACCUCCAGAAAGCCCCCACGCAGCACGAGCUCCACCCAACCAAAGCCGGCAGCAGCAGCUCCUGCCGCCGAGACCACGACCGGGAGGAGUGGGGCGACCGCCAGCUCAAACAAGAGCGUGACCGCCGUCACCAUAGCGACUAUAACGGAGAGGAGUAUCCCCCUAACGGCUACACUAGGGCAAUGAGGGAGAGCAGUCACCACAGCCAUCAGCAGAAUCACCAACGUGAACACACACAGUAUUCUAGUCCACAGCAGGCCAGAUUCCCUCAUUCACCGAAGCCUCAGGGAAACGGCUCCCCCUACCUUUCAGAUGACUGCUACGAUAGCGGGCCUGAAGGGGACUAUGUCUCUCACACAGAUGGCUCGGUCAUUUCACGUAGGGAGUGGUAUGUUUGACAAGUUGGUUCUCCAGGAGCAGAAAUGCUACAUAAAUAGGAAGUUUUCAUUUAUUAAAUAAGAAAGAAGAAACACAUUAUUUCUGUUUUGUACGCACACAGUCUCAGUUCUGUACUUCUCUUGUUCCACAAGCGUCCUGGACGACACUUGAUUUAAUGUUUCUCUUUGUCUUGGGGACAGACUGGACUGUUCAGCUCCACACCUACAUGCCUACAAAAGUGGACAUGUCACUAGUUUGUGUGUGUAGAGCCUCACAAAAGACAAUGCUGUAUGUGCUGUUUCUGCCUUACUACAUGGACUGCCAAUGUAUUUAGUAUUACUCAUGUCUUUCAGUGGUGUGACAGCCUCGGGACUUUGAGAUCACAUAUGUUUGUCUUUGAAGAAAGUUAUUUUUAGUUUUUCAACAAAAUCAGCCUUUUUGGGCUAUGUGGCGCUUUUUUGUAUUGUAUAUGUGUUUCUAUUGAUUACACUAAAUACAUUUACUUUAGAAGACAUGGUUAUGAUUAGCCGAUAUUCAAGAAUGGUGCAGAACCCGAUUGGAAAUAAAUCCAUAAAAUUGAGGUGGUCACAAGAACUUUCCCCAAAACUCAGUAUAGGGCUCAGCAGAGGCUAUAUAAGCUGAUUCAAAAAGGUCUUGCUGAGAAAUCAAUAUCCCUCCAUGCUUAGUGACCUCAUGCUCCCUCAUGCUCAUACAUAUUAUUGCACUCCCUUUUGCAUAACUUAAUAAUGGGCAAACCGGAUGAUCAGACCAUUUCUUUCCUUCUUAAAUAUCUGCCCUUUAUUUAAAUUACCGCAAUGGGAGACUUGUGAGGUCGAGGACUUGACCGUCGAUGUCCUAGUAACGUCCUUUAAAAGUGAUGGCCCAGAGUGGGAAACUUAAGAGCAUUUCUACGGUAUGCCCUCAGCUCGUCUUAUAUCCCCAGGAGGCCGGGAUAGAGAGCGGCUAAGCAGAGAAGCCUGUGUGCAUGAGGCACAAUCCACUGUAGCAACAGACUCGGUGUGUCACAUAGUCGAGCUUUGAUAUGCAAAUUUGCCACACCAUCCUUUUUGUUCACUGUAGAAAAUAAGUUAGAAUAUUAUUACUUAACCAUUUAUUUUUUAUCUCACAUGGGGAUUAUGGAUAUGUUUGUAUUUGCUCUCUACCCCCCAAACCAGGACUCUGGGAAAUUGUUUGGCUUGUUUGAAGCAGGCCGUCGGUAUGGCAGCCACCAUGCACUGGCCUCCUUGUCACAAAGUAUUUUGUCAGACAAAGAAAUCAUUCAGAAGUGCAGCCAGGACACUAUUACACAUAACUACCCAUGGUCUAAUUUCACUACUCUCAGUAAUCUGUUGAAACAAGAAGCAAUUACAAUCUGAGGCAUUAAUAGGCUUAUUGUGGCUUAUCCAUGUGUGCAACUGCACACUCUAAUCAUACUAACCAGUUAUUUGAAGCAUUUAUGAUUAUUAUUAUUAUUAUAACUCAUACUAUUAGAUAAUUCAGACAAAUCGGGUCUUUUGUGCUGGAUGUGCUGUCUCUGUCACCUGUGGUUAUCAAACUGUCCACUCAGCUCUUUAUCCACAGCCGGUGCUUACUCAUCAGAAGGGACAGACAAUUUGUUUUAGUGCACUGAUGAUUAAAUCUUUCACUUUGAGUAGUGAUAAAAUAAUCUGGCUUGAGUUGCAACUAAUUCUGUAUUUCUUUGUUUCCAGCCUUAUUUUACUGCCCAUUAAGGUGCUCAAACAAUUGCAGGACUAUGACUGAACUAAAGUGAAAGUGUUUUUUUUUUUUAUAUGUCAGUGUCCAGUGGUCAGGAGUCAAAGCUAUUAGGGAGUUCAAGAUACAUUUCAGUUUUUGUAUGUGAUUGGCUGACACAGAUAAAAAGUGUUCAACAGUUCACCAGACUGCAUGGAGGCUAUCCCACAGUUUAUUUCAUGUACACUAUAGUGUUUGUGAAUACAUGACAACUUCAGUAGUGUGGUCACCUUUACAAUAUUUGCAGUAAGAUGCCAAAUAUUUGUUGAACUUGUAUGUAUAGAUAGAAUAUGAUGAUGACGACAGUGCGUCUCACAAGUAUUAAGUGACUAGGUAGCAACUGAUUAUUAUGACGUAGCUUCUAUAAAUUCCUAACGUAUCACUGUUGUAUACAGGGUCUUGUAGCCUGAAAUAGAAAUGAAAAGAUGCUUUUUGGCCACUUAAAUAUUACAGUAAGAGUCGAGAAAAUGGGAUUAAGUUAUAUCGUUAUGAACCUGCACUAAUUUGUCAGGGUAUGAAUCAUGUGGUGUUAAAAUGAAUCUUGUGGCGAUUCUCAUGUGAGAUUUAAUAAUGUGCCACUGUGACUUGCAAGCGGACAAUAUGACACCUGUGUCGUUAUUCCAAGUGUUUCAGAUGCUGUGCAGUGCAGCAGGACUAACACCAAGCUUCCCAUUUCAAUAACUACCUUGCAUUUCAGUUUACUCUAGUCAUAUUAAUAUGAUUCCUUCACACUAUGGGUGUGAUACGACAAGUUUUGGUUUAAUGUACCCUCCUGAGAUUUCUUGCCUAAAACACUACACUUGAUAAUCUACUCAACACACUGUCAAAGGUUUUGAUAUGGACUAUUUCUGUGGUAGAAUGUAGUUCACAUAAAAAAAAUUCAAGUGUCUGUCACCCAAAUUAACCAAGGAGAUAUAUUUUUUAGAUGUUGCCUUUUUUUUUUUAAUUUGAUGUAAUUUUCCAAACCUUUCGAAAAACUACAAUGGCACUCAGUGCAGUGCAUGUCUUUGUUAAGGUCCAACAAUCUCCUUAAAACCAAUCAAGCUGCACCAAAUUUCAUAAACUAAUAGAUAUAAUUUUACUUAAGGUGUUGGAUUUUAUUCCAUUUAGAUCCACAUAUUAUUUCCUGUCAAAUUUGUGUAAAAACCUUUGUCUAUACAUCCAAAUUUACAUGUAAAAGAGAAAAGAGCUUGGGUGAACCACAAAACCUCAUUUAAAUGGUUGAACUGGUGAUGUUGCUGCUGACUCCUGUGAUUUCUGUAUUUCACAUGAAUGCAGAAAGCAACAGGAAGCACAGCAGCCUCAUCCCGUUGUUUUGUUUGCUUCUAUGCACUAAGACGGAAAUUCCACUAAUCAAUAUAUUAUUUUUGCUUGACUCGUCAGUUUGCAGCCCUGCACCUGGAUUAAUGAAGUUCUUUUGUACUGUGACAUUUGUAUAGACAUCAGUCAUCAAUAUCUUCAGGAGACGUCCUUCACUUUGGGUUGAGAAAUACAACUAGUGCCUUAGAUACCUAGAUGAAGACAUUUCAGUGUUUUUCUUAAUAUUGGAUGUGGCGACCUGAUUUUCUUUAGCAUUUUUGAUUUUUACUGCAUAAUGUUUGUGGGGAGGACUCAGUGGUGCCAUAUUCACUUCUCAGCCCUUGUCACUAUGAUGAUUGAUGACGCAGUAUAUUUACAAAUCUAGAGGCAUUAAAACACACACACAAAGAUGAUGCUUAAAUGAAUUUUAAUAUAAAAUGAGUUAAAUCUCUACUUCAUAUCUAUGUGUCAGGGUUUUUUUUGUUUUUUGUUGAAUCACUGUUGUUAAAAAGACUGAAGAAAUAACUUCAGUCUCACAUUGUUCAAAUGCACCUUGUGGUCAUGUUUGUUUUUGUAUAUACAGAAGGAAAAAAAAAAGAAUAUUUAUGUGGGUGACAACAGUGAUGCAUUAUUUUGUCAAACGUUCUGAGAAACUUUAGUUGAAUAAAGCACCUUAGCACCUG